AUGAGUAAUCGAACACCGUUUACAAUGUCAGCAGGAAUAACAAAUCCAAACUAUAAAUCAGAUAGUGUUCGUUAUACACCUCCAAACCGCAUUAAACAGUUACAGGGACAAGUUGAUGAGGUUACGGAUGUUAUGAGAAAUAACAUUCGAUUAGAAUUAGAACGUGGUGGGGCACUUGAUGCACUGGAACAGAAAUCAGACAUUUUAAAUGAAGGAGCACGAAGCUUUUCUAUUCGUUCAAAACAACUUAAAAAGAAAUAUUGGUGGAAAAAUCUUAGAAGGUUUCUCUUUCAUAGAAUACACUUUACAAUGUCAGCAGGACUAACAAAUCCAAGCUAUCAAUCAGACAGUGUUCGUUAUACACCUUCGCCACGUCUUCAAGGAUUACAGAACCAAGUUGAUGAGGUUACGGAUGUUAUGAGAAAUAAUAUUGGAAUAGCAUUAAAACGUGGUGAAGCACUUGAUCAACUGGAACAAAAAGCAGAAAAUUUAACUUCUGAGACCGAAAGGUUUUCUUAUCGUUCAAAACAACUCAAAAAGAAGUAUUGGUGGAAAAAUCUUAGAAUGUGGAUUAUUCUUGGUAUUGUUGUUGCAAUCAUCAUCAUUAUAAUUAUCAUUGCUGCUGUUGCCAGUGGAAAGAAAAAAACAUAG